AUGGGAGGCGGCGGCGGCGCCAAUGGUGACCCCGGCGAGGCCAACAACACCAGCGGCCAACAAGAAUCUCCCCCGGCACCGGCUCUGCAAGUCAUCGUUCUGGGCUCUGGUGGAGGACCUCUCGAGUCCAAUGUCACGGCCUUUCUUGUACGCCCAAUAGCUGCGGGCUGGAGGAGAGGGUCAGUCAUUGCCGUGGAUGCAGGCGUACAUCUCAGUGCCAUCGAGCAGAUUUUGGCAAAGACUCAACCAGCCACCCUUGGCGAGGAUGAAGAACACGCUUUACCAUACACCCUCAAAACAGGGCCUUUUGCAGGGCUUCAGGUUCCUAUGGCUACAUCGUCUGCCAAUGCAUCUUUCAUUCACCGGACCCUGAUCGACACGUACCUAAUAACACACCCUCAUCUCGAUCACAUCUCCGGCUUCGUAAUCAACACAGCAGGUCUGGGUAGUUCCAGACCCAAGAAACUCGCCGGCCUACCCAACACGAUAGCAGCCUUCAAGACUCACAUUUUCAACAACAUCAUCUGGCCCAACCUGAGUGAUGAGAACAACGGAGUGGGGUUGGUGACGUAUACGCGCUUGGUAGAGGGUGGCUCACCAGCGCUGGGAGAGGGGGACUCCAAGGGCUAUCUUGAGAUCACUGACGACCUCGCAGUCAAGGUUUGGGCUGUCAGUCAUGGUCAUUGCUAUGAGAGGCACAGCCAUCGUGGCAGCGGAAGCGUCACGCGCCCGGGAAGCUUCGAUGCUUCCUCCAUGGGAGCAACGCCGAUGAGUGUAAUGAGCCCGCCCAUGUCCCACCUGGGGCCCCGCGGGCUUGCUCAUCACAACAGCAUAUCGGCAGCUAAUAACAGUCUGGCCGCGUUGCUUCAACAACAGCAGCAAAGAGACCAGGAUCGGAUGUCUAUUCACCAAGGAAAUCUGUUCGGCGGCGGCGGUCGCAGCAGCUCCAUCUCAGGUCUCGGUGGCGGACACGCAACAGAUGAAUCAGUAUGUGUUUACGACAGCUCGGCCUACUUCAUCCGCGAUGUGACCACAGGCAGGGAGAUUAUCAUCUUUGGUGACGUUGAGCCAGACUCCGUCAGUUUGUCACCACGGAACCGGAACAUCUGGCGAGAGGCCGCUCCCAAGAUAGCCAGUGGGAAGCUCACUGCGAUUUUUAUCGAAUGCAGCUUUGAUGAUUCCCAGACGGAUGAUCGUCUGUUCGGGCAUCUCACACCAAGGUACAUCAUGGAGGAAUUGACCGCCUUGGCUGAGGAGGUAACAGCCGCGAGGAUGGACAUCCUACGCAGAAAGUACGAAACGGAACACGGCAUCAAGCGCCAGUCAACCUCUCGACCUGGCCCCAUGGGACGGAGCUACUCCGACUACGGAAGCGUCGGCAGUGAUAAGAAACGCAAACGCCAAGAGGAGGACGACCGCAACACCCGACGAAGGACGAUAACAUCCCAGGCGCGAGCAGCCAGUGCGCACCCGGGAUUCAGAACCAGGAGAGAACCAUCGACAGCAGCAGGGGCAGGAGCAGACAAAAGCCAACAGCCACAUUCAUCACAGCAACAAGACCCUCGGCAUCCAACCGAAGAUUCCAUCUCCCCCAAAUCCCGCAAGCGCUACGAAAACCGCCACAGCUCAGCCUCCGCGCAAGCAGCCGCCGCAGCAGCAAGCACCACCUCGUUGUAUGAAAACGACGGUGUCAACCCACGCAACCCAACCGGCUUCAGAAUCGACACGCCCCACCUGGCCACUCCCACGGGCGAGAUGUCCCUCGACGACUUCCAGCAGCGCGCCACAACCAACCACCAACCACCAUUCAACGCUGCCCUCCAACAACAUCAAAUGGGCAUUUCUCGACCCGAACUCCCCCACUUCCACCUCUCCGAGCCUACCUCGCCUUACGGCUCCCCAUCGCCAUCCAACGCAAUGUCCACCUCCCCCCUCCCGCCCCCAGCAACACCAGCAGCCGUACACUUCUCCCAACUCAACCACCCCAGUGUCAACAACGCCUCUUCUUCGUCGUCGUCAGGAGGGGGGUCAGGGUCAGGGUCAGGGUCAGGAGGCCCCGUGUCAUCAUCCGCCGCAUCCAACGUAACUCCUGCCACUUCCAUGUCGCUCUACCUCAACGGCAACACGCGCGACAUGAUGGACGUGGACUCCAACGCCGACGUGGACGUCAACGCGGAGCUGGCGCGGCAGUUGCCCGAGCAGCCGCUCAAGGGACUGAAAGUGGUGAUUAUCCAUGUCAAGGAUCGCAUGGUGGACGGGCCGGGCGCGGGCGAGGUGAUUUUGGAGCAGCUGGUGGAACAUGAGGAGGAAGUCAGGUUGGGGGUGGAGUGGGUUAUGAGUUUUGCGGGGCAGGAGGUUUUUGUGUAG